CAACAUCAUUGCAUCACUCCUUACUGAACAGAAGGAGGUACAUAAACGAGUGGCGUAAGAUCAGGAGAAACUUUCAGGGCAAACUUUGUCCCUUCUUGGACUGUCUGCUGUGACCUCAGCUCGGACUUUACCAGCACGGCAAGGGGAGCAGCAAAGAUGGGGAAGCGAAAGUUCUCAGGGUUAGAGAUUACCCUGAUAGUGCUGUUUGUCCUGGUUGGGAUUGUUGCUAUAGCACUUGUUGUCCUGCUGGCCACGGGAGAGCCCGCUGUCACCAAAGAGCCAACAAACCCAACCCAGCAGCCAGAUCCAGAGCCUUUUGUGCCAGUUUGUCCAGACAUCCCAAUCGCAGAGAGAGUGGAUUGUCACCCAGAGGCCGGCGGCUCCCAGCAAAGAUGUCUGGCAAGGGGCUGCUGCUGGAGUCCGCUGGACCAGACCAACGUACCUUGGUGCUUCUUCUCUAGUAACAAUGGCUACACUGUGGUCAGUCAGAACCGUGCUGAUAGAACAAGACUGGAGGCCCAGUUGAAACGAGUGAACUCACCUUCUCUGUAUGGGGCAGAAAUAACAGAGCUGACCUUCACUGCUGAAAUGCAGACAGAAAAUCGCCUUCGAUUCCAUAUCACUGAUGCAAACAAAGCCAGGUUCGAAGUCCCUCAUGAACACGUUAACUCUCUGACCAGCUCCCCUAAUGGACCCCUGAACUACGAGCUAGAACUUGUCCACAGUCCAUUCGGAGUCCGAGUCCGCAGAGUGUCCAACAGAAAAAUCUUGUUUGACACCACUGUGGCUCCACUGAUAUUUGAAGAUCAGUAUCUGCAGAUCUCUGCUAAGCUCGCCUCAGACAACGUCUACGGCCUGGGAGAGCACGUCCACCAGAACUACCGCCACGAUAUGAACUGGAGGACCUGGCCCAUCUUUACAAGAGACUCCUUCCCCAAUGGAGGAACGCACAACAUUUACGGUCACUAUCCCUUCUUCAUGUGCUUGGAAACCGACCAAGGCGAAUCCUUUGGCGUUUUCCUAAUGAACAGCAAUGCUAUGGAUGUGACUCUUCAGCCGGCACCAGCAGUGACCUACAGGACAAUCGGAGGAGUGUUGGACUUCUAUAUUUUGCUUGGAGCCACACCAGAGGCCAUCGUGCAGGAGUUCACAGAGCUGGUUGGCAGGCCCACCAUCCCCCCUUACUGGGCCUUUGGCUUUCAGCUCUCUCGCUGGGACUAUGGCAGCCUGGAAGAAGUGAAGAGAACGGUUGAGAGGAAUCGUGAGAUUGGCCUCCCUUACGACACCCAGUACACCGACAUUGACUACAUGGAGGAUAAAAAGGACUUCACGUAUGACAUGGUCAAAUUCAAGGACUUGCCUCAGUUUGCUGACUACAUGCACGAGCAAGGGCAAAAAUACAUUCUCAUAUUGGAUCCUGCCAUAGCCAUCAGCAAGAGAAUCAACGGCACCUACGAGUCCUACGACAGGGGAGCUGAGGUUGAGGCCUGGAUCACUGAGGCAGACGGAACGACGCCGUUGGUUGGAGAGGUAAAUGCUGUCAAAAGUUUGAGGACACCUUGUUGUCUUUUGGAUUUUUCUCUUAGCUUUGUUUAAUGUUUAUUGUUACAU